GAAAUGCUCAAAGUGAUCGAGCAAUGGAUCUUUCGCCCGGCGAUGGGCAUCGAGGUACGCUCCCAGUGGAAUCGCAGUCGCGCAUCUUCGGAUCGCCAGAGAAGCACGCUCUGGCCGUGAUUUCUGGAUUGAAGGCGUGCAUUCGAUCCAAGAAUGCCGAGCAAGGGCGGAGAAUCCACGCCGACGCAGCAGCGCGUGGAAUCGGCUCGAAUAUCUUCGUGGCCAGCACGCUGAUCAACAUGUACUGCAAGUGUGGCAGCCUGAUCGAUGCUCGCCGGGUCUUCGACGCCGUGAAAUCCCGCAGCGUCGUCCCUUGGAACGUGAUGAUACUGGGAUACGCAGAGAAUGGAGAUGGAGCUCUAGCUUUGGAUUUUCUCGCCACGAUGGACCUCCAGGGGUUUUCCCCGGAUUCCCAGACGAUAGUGGCUGCUCUCAAGGCGUGCGGUAGCUUGGUUUCGCAAGAACAAGGCAGGGAGAUUGGUGGAAGGACUGUGAAGCUGGCUACUCUGGAGAAAGCUUUCGCGAUUCACUCUCGAGCCAGGGGAUUGAUCAAGAACAGUUUUGUGGCGAGCAGCUUGGUGGAUCUCUACGCGAAAUGCGGAAGCAUGGAGGACGCAGAGAGAGCUUUCGAGGGGAUGGACUUUCGAGACGUGGUUUCGUGGAACGCAUUGAUGCUCGGCUAUGCCGAGAACGGUGAAGAAGAGCUGGCGAUGGAAGUCUUGAGAGCUAUGGAGCUCCAGGGAUGCCAGGCAAACUCCCGGAGCUUUGUGGCGGCUCUCAAGGCUUGCAGCGGAUUGGGAGAGAAGGAAGCUGGGAUAGAACUCGAUGGAGUGAUCGUCAAGGUGAGCUCCAUCGAGAAAGGAAUGGCUUUGCACUCGCGAGCAGCGAAGAUUGGCAGUGACAGGGAUAAGUUCGUGGCCAGCGCUGCGAUGGACAUGUACGUGAAGUGUGGGAGCAUGGCGGAUGCGCAGAGAGCUUUCGAUCGGAUGGCUUCUCGCGACGUCGUCUCGUGGAACGCUUUGAUCCUCGGCUACGCAGAGACCAACGAUCGCGAAAGAUCUCUGGAGCUCCUCCAGCUGAUGAUCCAAAAUGGUGGCUGCGACCCAAACUCCCGGACGUUUCUAGCCGCUCUAAAGGCCUGCCGGAGCUCUCAAGCGCUCGCCUCGACGAAAGUGAUCCACGGCCUUGCGGCGAGACGCGGUUCUUCCGAGAAAGAUGGAGUUCUCGCAAACUCGCUCGUCGACGUCUAUGGAAAAUGUGGCAGCUUGCUCGACGCGCACCAGGAUACGCUCGCAAAGGCGACAGCCAGCGAGUCUUCGAGCUCUUUCGAUCCAUGCGAGACGAAGCCAUCGAACCAAACAGCGCCACUUUCGUGUGCCUCCUCACGGCUUGCAGCCACAGCGGCGCAGUGGAUCGAUCGAAGCAGCUGCUCGAAUCGAUGCUGUCCAGCCAUGGAAUUCGCCCAAAGAUCGAGCACUACAUUUGCGUGAUCGACUGCUUGAGCCGGGCCGGGAAGCUGGAAGAAGCGCUGCGCGUGGCUUAUGACAUGCCUUACGUGGCGGACGACGUGGCGUGGAUGACGGUGCUCGGCG